GUUAAAAUCUUAAUUAUGAAUUAUUUGGCUGACUGGUUAAUUUAUCUUUCUUCACAGGUAGCAUGUUCGUGGCGCCAAACCCGAUCGACUUCAACAAAGUAUUUAACGCUAAUCUGGCGGAAAAUCCUGUCGCUUUGGCCGCCGUUCUGGGAAUAUUCGGAGUCUAUCUUAUACUGGCUAUUUAUGCCCGAAGAGAAGACAAAAGGGAUGUGCAUCGGGCUGGCUUAACUCCUCUUGAAGAUAACGAGCCUUUUGAUCAGUACCAUUACGAAAUUACGGUCUACACUGGGUACGGUAAACGAGCAGGUACUACCGCUGAAGUCAGCUUUAUUCUGUCCGGUGAGGAAGGUGAGAGUGAACCACGCUUGUUGAAAGAUCCCAAACGGAAGACGUUUCAACGACGCGGCAUCGACGUCUUUCUGGCAACGUUUCCGGAAAACUUCGGAGAACUGAACUAUUUACAUCUCUGGCACAAUAAUGCAGGUCGCUCACCGUCGUGGUAUGUCAGCCGUGUGCUCGUUCACGACCUCAACAACGACAAGAAGUUUUUGUUUAUCUGCGAGAGCUGGCUAGCGGUAGAAGAAGGAGACGGUACAGUCGAUAGGUUGAUUCCAGUGGCAGGCCACGAAGAAAUGACGAGCUUCAACCAUCUCUUUUACUCCACUACUCAAAAGAACCUCGCCGAUGGACAUCUUUGGUUCUCGGUUUUCAUCCGCCCCGCGAAGAGUCGUUUCACGCGACUUCAGCGCAUAACCUGUUGUUUAACACUGCUCUACUGUUCCAUGAUCACAAACGCUAUGUUUUAUCAGGUUGGAGGCGAAACCGACCCCGCCUCUACCCUACAGAUCGGACCCCUGGCUUUCAGCCCCGCUCAAAUUGGUAUCGGCAUUAUGAGCAGUUUGAUCAUUAUUCCUGUCAACGUUCUCAUCGUUGGAAUCUUUCGUAACGUUGAAGCGAAACCAACGAGAGAGGAACUCAGAGAGAGACGCAGCAAACGAACCUGCUGGUGGUUCCAGGAGUUGUUUUUCUGCUUCUUCGAUUUCAACAAGAACGACAAGAACGACUUCAUUGAAAUCUUGCAUACAGGAUCAAAACAAGAAGAGCAGUUCUUGGACUUCAGUUCCAAGACAAACUUAGCGGAAAACGAUGAGGUCGCUCUUGGUUUAGGCGUCGAAUCCGAGGACAUCAGUUUCAGAAUUUCUAAGCAAGAGCGAAAAGAGGAAAUGGAGAAAAAGAUGAAAAAGAAAAAGAAGAAGAAGAAGAAGUUGCUGCCGUAUUGGUUUCUCUACAUCGCUUGGGGCAUUUGCUUCCUAACGUGCUUCACAACAGCCUUUUUCUGUGUCCUGUACGGUUUGCAGUUUGGUAAAGAAAAAUCAGCCCAGUGGAUUUCAUCCAUGUUGAUCUCGUUCUUUCAAGACGUACUCAUCAGUCAACCAAUCAAAAUCCUUGGCAUCGCCCUCAUAAUCGCCAUCAUCAUCAAGAAACCCCCCGAGGAAGAAGAAGAAGAUGAAGACAAAAAGAAGCUCGAAGACGAGGAAUGGUUACAUGAUGGUCCAAGACGAGAAUCAACCGACAAAAGAGUGAAGCCAAACUCUCUGAUUCGUUUACAGCCUCCUGACAAAACAAAAUUGGAAAAAGCAAGGCAACUCAGGUUUAAAGAAAUGAAGAUGAAUGCCAUCAUCAAGGAAGUUGCACUCUACGUGUUUUUCGUGGCCUGUCUGUGCAUCGUCAGCUAUUCUCAUCGAGAUCCAACUUCCUUCGCUUUCAGGGAAACAAUGUACAACUCAUUUGUGGCGGGUGUUCACGGAGGCAAAAAGAACUUUUUAUCGAUUGGAAGCCGUGAAAAUUUCUACCUGUACGCCAAGACGACAUUGACGAACGCUCUGUACACCACGGAAUGGUACAAUGGAAACGAAACUGAACCGGGCUUUACUGCGGAUUUGACGGCCUACAUCAUAGGGAUGGCGAGAUUAAGACAACUCAGAGUCGGAAACCAAAGUUGCCAAGUUGCACCGGACUUAAGGCGUUACAUCGACGAUUGCCAUGACUGGUAUGGGUUUUUCGCUGAGGACGAUGGCCAGUAUGACAUCGCAUGGGAGUCACUGAAGAACGAGUCUCUCUACAAUCCUCCCUUUACAUACCAGGCCUGGGAGUUCAACACUUCAGAUGAACUUGACACCAUGCCUGUUAUGGGAUACGUAUCUACAUACGGUGGAGGCGGAUUCGUCGCUGACUUAGGAUAUACUAGAGAGAAUGCCACUAAGAUUAUUGAGACGUUGGAAGCGAAUAACUGGAUAGACGCACAAACCCGCGCUGUCAUCACUGAAAUUGCAACGUACAAUCCAGUGGCAAAUCUGUUCUGUGUCAUGACUCUAGUGGUUGAAUUCCUUCCCACUAAUGGCGUUUUCCUGUUCACUGAUCUCAAGAUUGCUCGUCUCUUCACCUUUGGCGGUGGUUUCGAAACGUUCCUCCUGGUUUGCGAAUUUUUCAUUCUGUUGUUCUUUGGCGUGUUUAUCUAUCAAGAGCUGAAGCAGCUCUACAGACUACGCAAAGGUUACUUCAAAGAGUUCUGGAACUACGUGGAGUUUGCCAUGAUCAUUUUGGUGUUCACGUGUGUUGGAAUGUUUUUCACUCGCACGAUGCUCGUCAACCAAGCCAUUACCAGCCUCGAAAACAACCCUGGCAAAUACGUCAGUUUUGGCCGAGUGGCGUCCUGGAACGAAGUAUUCAUGUAUAUGGUUUCGUUAGUGGUAUUCACCGCUUGGAUUAAAGGAAUCAAGCUUCUACGAUUCAAUCGUCGGAUCACGAUCCUUGCGCAAACUUUGAAAGGCUCUGCCGGUCCUCUGGCUGCCUUUUCUGUGGUCUUCUUGGUGUUUUUCAUUUCCUACUCGCUGUUCGCGUUUGCGGUGUUCGGCAAGGACCUUUCUGAGUUUUAUAACUUUGUCUCCACGUGCGAGACCGUGAUGGGAAUUUUACUGGGAUCGUUUGAUUACAGGGCCAUUGAGGAGGCGGCCCCUAUUCUGGGGCCCAUAUUCUUCUUCACCUUCAUGGUCUUUGGCACGUUUAUUUUGAUGAACAUGUUCCUUACCAUUGUUCUGGACGUGUUUUCCGAAGUGAAGGAGGGCAUAGACGAGCAGGAAAAUGAAUACGAAAUCGUCGACUUCAUGAUAAGGCGCUUUAGAAAAUUCACCGGCAUGCAGCCAAACAAGGUAAUGGUGUCCGACGAGCCGCUAGAGAAGAAGAACAUUGAAGAAGAAAUGAAUAAAGACUUGAUGGCUUUAAAGAUCAAGAAGAAAACGAUGGCCAAGCGGAAGUUCAAGCCUAUGGACUUGGUUGCUCAGCGCUUUACCAGACUGGAGUCAUCUCUGAGCGGAUUCUACUGCGAGGAGUGGGCGGAGGAACGCUUGCUGGAUCACAUUGUCGAGCGACGGUGGGGAGUAAACGCGGAGGCUGCCUACGCUGAAGCUGACGCGGAGUUAAACGAGGAGCAGCAGGUGGAAGAGCUACGUCUGGAUAUGUACGCGGCGGCUGAGAGGUACGACGCGGAUGAAGACGACGGAGCUUUCAAUCUCAGCUUUGAGGGGGACGUGUUUUCUUCUUGGUAUUCCACUGACGCUUGAAGAGCUUGCUGCUCAGAAACCUAACUUCGGCGUGAUCUUGUGAUGUGACAUGCACAGCCUAUAAACUGCAAAUUAAUUUCAACUAACUGUAAAUUGUGUCCCUGAAUUAGGUAGCAGAAAUUGACACAGUAUCCACGGUCAUUUAUAAUUGUAAGUGCUUCUGGAUCUGUGAUUGAAAACACUGUCAAAAACGUCUGCAAAAAUAAAGAUAUGCAUCUGUCCUGUGAAGCCGUAAAAUGGGACUACUUCUCGACGUAAUAAUUAUGCAUUACUUAAGUGUUGGAAUAAUGUCUGAUAGGGUGCACUGUAAUGUCUUCAAUUUAAACAAAUUGUUGCGUGUACAUAUACCAUUGAUGUGGGGAUAUAUCGGUUAUUUGCACACGAUGACGUAGUUGCUUAUCUCAGAUGAGUACAUAGCAAGCUGAUCUUAUAACAUAUAUAUCAGAUUAUCGGUGAAUAGUUUGGUUUUAGUUUUUUAUGUUAACGAUACUUUGUAAAUAGGCAUGCAUUCUUAAUUUCUCUCACACCGGGCGAGUCAAAUCUUUUUUGGAAUGAUCUCUUUGUAGGAACCUCAGAAAGUAACGAAUAACAAUUCAGUUCUUUGUUAUUUGUUGGACCUUUUCGGCGAUACGGCGGC